GUGAGGCAUCAAACACAACAAACACAAUAUUGUAAAUUGUUCUCACGCAUAUAUUUUUGUUGAAACAGGCCAAGGAUGGCACGUGGAAAAAUUACCUUAUUACCCCUGUCCACCCUCAUCAUCUUGCUUCUCACCUCUCACACCCAAGGCGAUGAGAGGGCGUGCGCGCCGACCAUCACCCAGAGGCUAACCGGGUAUGCGAUCAUGGGAAAUCCCCAAUGGGAAGUGACCAUAUGGAUGGGGUGUCAUUGUGACAUAUACAAUCUUGUGGUGUCGUGCGCUUUUUUUGGCUCGACUGACCCGAAAACUAACCCGGGCAUCAUCCAAAAGUACGUGGAGAAUUUGUGCCUCAUUAACCAAGGCUACCCACUAUACGGCUAUAUGGCCUACAAGUUCACGUACGCGUGGCACAGGGUCGAGAUGACGCCCGACCUCUUCGAGCUCAACUGCACGAAUUAUUGAACGAAAAAUGUAUGUGGAUUUGUAUAUUUUUCUAGUAUAUAGUCAUUUGUACCGAUUUUUGUUUUGCUUUGUUUUGUUUUGUCACGUGUUGUAGAGUAGUUGAUAUGUGAUGUGUAUGUAUGUGUUGUGCAUUGAUAUGAAAUAUAUAGAAUCGCGGAAUCGCU